CGCACGCCUUUGAGAAUGAGUCAAAGAAUUCUGUGGCUUCGAACUCAGCGACCAUGGCAACAGUGGUGGCAGGAGUUCAAAGUUAUUGCGACUGCUCAUUUUUCUCCCGGCCAGCGACAAAUCAGGGCCUAAAUUGGUUGCUUGUUCUGAAGAAAGGGAAAUCCUAGUAGCUAGGCAACUCAAGAACUGAAAUAAAGAGGAUAGCCUCCAGCCAAAUUUCUUCAUUACCCCUUUAAACAUCAAGGCAAGCCAAGAGACAAAAGCAACCUACCUGAUGCCUUCUGUCACCGUGUUCCAUCAAGUGUGUGGCAUCACGUCCCUGAUGAUGCUGCUGUCGGUUUGGAGAAAUCCUGGAAAAGUGUUGGUUCGUUCAUUUUCCACGCCAAGGACGUCUUUUCUGGUCACCCAACAACGUCACCAGAGAUGGGUAUCUGCUUCCAAUCGUCUCUCGGCGUCGGAUGAUAACACUCCCGAAUGGACCACCGACAAGGUCCGCAGUGCUUUUGUCGAGUUCUUUGAAGAUCAAGAACACACCAUGGUCCCUAGCAGUGCCUGUGCCCCACUCAAUGAUCCCACCCUGCUCUUUACCAACGCUGGAAUGAACCAAUUCAAACCCAUCUUUUUGGGACAAGCUGAUCCCAAUUCACCCCUGGCGUCCUUGACGCGAGCUUGCAAUUCGCAAAAAUGCAUCCGAGCCGGUGGAAAACACAACGAUUUGGAAGAUGUGGGCAAAGAUACCUAUCAUCAUACCUUUUUUGAAAUGCUCGGGAGUUGGUCGUUUGGCGACUAUUUCAAAAAGGAAGCCAUUGAAUGGGCGUGGCAGAUAUUGACAGACGUCUACAAACUCAAUCCGGAUCAAAUGUAUGCCACCUACUUUCAGGGAAAUGAUGAUGUGCCCAUGGAUACCGAGGCUAGAGAUUUAUGGUUGCAGUUUCUACCGCCGGAACGAGUCAUUGGAUGUGAUGCCAAAGAUAACUUUUGGGAGAUGGGAGACACUGGUCCUUGUGGUCCCUGCAGUGAGAUUCAUUACGAUCGUAUUGGCAAUCGAGAUGCAGCCGCCCUGGUCAAUGCCGAUCAUCCAGAUGUCAUUGAAAUCUGGAACAUUGUCUUUAUUCAAUACAACCGAAACUCUCCCACCGAUUUGGCUACCCUACCAGCACAACACAUUGAUACGGGCAUGGGUCUAGAACGAUUGGUUUCCAUUUUGCAAGGCAAGUCGAGCAACUACGACAUUGAUGUCUUUACACCACUCUUUGAUGCCAUUGCCAAACAUUCCAAGGUGGGACCCUACCAACGCAAGGUCCUGGAAGACGAUGUCACGCUCCGGGACACGGCAUAUCGUGCCAUUGCCGAUCACGCUCGGGCACUAUCCUUUGCCAUUGCCGAUGGAGCCGUGCCUAACAAUGAAGGACGGGGCUACGUCUUGAGGCGCAUUCUACGACGCGCCACUCGCUACGGACAACAAAUUCUACAAGCCGAACCGGGAUUCUUUGCCACCUUGGUCCCCGUUGUGGUGGAUAUCUUUGGAGAUGCUUACCCGGAACUCCGACAGCAGCAGGCAACGAUUCAAGAAAUUAUUGAGGAGGAGGAGCGUGCCUUUUCCAAAAUGCUCGAUCGAGGCAUCAAAUUCUUUAGCGAGUUGGAAGAAGAACUUAAAGCCGACAAAGCUUCUGUCGUGACGGGUGAAAAGGCAUUCUUCUUGUAUGAUACACUAGGAUUCCCCAUUGAUUUGACAGAACUCAUGGCAGAAGAAGCUGGAUUGAAGGUAGACUCCAAUGGCUUUGAAGCGGAAAUGACGGCGCAAAAGGAACGAUCGCGACAAGCCCAAAAAGCCGCACGGGCUGGUGGAGCAACGCAGUUGGAAUUGCAAGCGGAAGAAACGGCUCUUUUAUCCAAAUCGGGCAUUGAACCUACGGAUGAUUCGUUCAAAUACAAAUGGGACGUUAGUCUACCAGCCACCAUUAUGUCCGUCUUUCCCACGGAGGAAGGCAAUCAACGGGAAGUCAAAGCAGGUGACGUUGUAGGGUUGGUCCUGGACAAGACAUCGUUUUACGCCGAAGCCGGAGGACAAGAGGCCGAUCUAGGAACACUGGAGUUGCUGGGAGACGAUGGCGAAACCGUGAUUGGAAGGAUCACCGUCACAGAUGCCCAGGCUUAUGCUGGGUUUGUCUUGCACACCGGUGUGGUGGAUGACUUGCUGGGAGCUGAAAGCCUAACAUUGGAUCUGGGAGCCUCAGCCGUCAACUGCAAGGUGGACUAUGAUCGUCGUCGAUUGAUUGCCCCCAACCACAGCAUGACCCACGUUCUGAAUGCAGCCCUGAGGAGUAUCCUGGGCGACGCGGUCGAUCAACGCGGAAGUUUGUGCAAUGACGAAAAGUUACGAUUUGACUUUAGCCACAAAAAGGCCAUGACGCCUCAACAGGUUCAGAAAACGGAAGAAUACUGCCAACAAGUAGUCCAAAAGGCACAGCCUGUCACCAACAAAGUCAUGCCCUUGGCCGAAGCCAAGGAAAUUGAUGGAGUAAGGGCUGUGUUUGGAGAAGUUUACCCCGAUCCUGUACGAGUUGUAUCGAUUGGAGACGCUACAUCUGUUGAAUUUUGUGGAGGCACCCACCUUACCAACACUGCUGAGGCUGGCGCCUUUGUGAUUGUGGAGGAGACGGCUGUUGCCAAAGGAAUCCGUCGGAUAUCUGCUGUAACUGGAGAAAUGGCAACUGAGGCAAUCAAAGAAGGGGAGACGUUCUUGCAACAGAUCGGAGAACUGGAGGGGUUUGAUGCCAAAGACACGCCGGAUCUCGACAAACAAGCUGGAGCACUACGAAAGGAUCUGGAUGAAGCAUUCGUUUCUGCCUCUGUAAAAGCUGAAGUGCGUGGGCGAAUAGAAAAGAUACAAAAGAAGGCCAACGAAGUGAAGAAGGCGGCGUUGGCUCAACGUGUCGACAUUGUAUUGAACGCCGUCAGAGAAGAGGUGAAAGAUGCUGUGGCGGACAAGAAGAAAGUUCUUGUCUUGAAUGUUGACAUUGGGGCAGACUCCAAGGCAUCACAAAAGGUGUUGAAUGAUGUCAAGAAGGUCGCAGGAGGUGCACUGGCCUUCCUGGGCGUAAGUGAGGCAGAACCAGGCAGCGGAGGAAAGCUUUCAGCUUUUGCUAUUGUUCCAGACUCGCUCGUGGAGGCUGGGUUGAAAGCAGACGAAUGGAUUCGAGCAACGCUGGAAACAUGUGGAGGGCGAGGUGGCGGAAAGCCUGGCAAUGCUCAGGGACAGGCGCAGGAAUGUACGGAUGUUGGCGCGGUUAUAGAUGCCGCCAAUUCAUUUGCAGAAUCCAAGGCGACAUCGGUGGCAUGAUAAGAAAAUCAUAGCUCUUUGAUAAACUAAAAGCAUGCAUAUGGAGAUCG